UUUUGGGAAGCCGCGUAUUGUCAGCCCGAAGUGGAUCGUUGAAGUCAGCCUGUGUGGAAAAUAUGUGUAUUUCUGAACGAAGGAAUGGCCUUGGUAAAAAGAUUUCACUGGAGCCGUAAAGGACUUAAUGAAAAGAGAAUUUAAGUUCUCAGGAGCAGAAAGAAGUCGAGCGUGCGUUUGAAGGCCGAUCUUCCGGGACUUGUGCCUGGCACUUUUCCUUCCAGACCCAGUGAAACUUCAGCCUGUAUAGGCUGAGGUCAGAAGUGCCGGUCAAAAUGGAAGUGAAUCCCCCCAAACAGGAGCACCUGCUGGCGCUAAAAGUGAUGCGAUUGACCAAACCUACUUUGUUCACCAAUAUUCCUGUAACUUGUGAAGAGAAGGACUUACCUGGUGAUCUCUUUAACCAGUUAAUGAAAGAUGAUCCUUCAACUGUAAAUGGUGCAGAGAUUUUAAUGUUGGGAGAAAUGUUGACUUUACCCCAAAAUUUCGGGAAUAUAUUUCUGGGAGAGACCUUUUCCAGUUACAUCAGUGUUCACAACGACAGCAAUCAAGUUGUAAAAGAUAUAUUGGUGAAGGCGGAUCUCCAGACGAGUUCUCAGCGUUUAAACCUUUCAGCCUCCAAUGCUGCUGUGGCUGAACUUAAACCUGAUUGUUGUAUUGAUGAUGUCAUACACCACGAAGUAAAGGAAAUUGGGACGCACAUCUUGGUGUGUGCUGUGAGUUACACAACUCAGGGUGGAGAAAAAAUGUACUUUAGAAAAUUCUUCAAAUUUCAGGUUCUCAAACCAUUGGAUGUGAAAACCAAAUUUUACAAUGCAGAGAGUGACCUCAGUUCUGUGACUGAUGAAGUAUUUCUUGAAGCCCAAAUUCAGAAUAUAACAACCUCACCAAUGUUUAUGGAGAAAGUUUCCCUGGAGCCAUCAAUAAUGUACAAUGUAACAGAAUUGAAUUCAGUGAACCAAGCUGGAGAAUGCGUAUCUACAUUUGGGUCCAGAGGAUAUUUGCAGCCAAUGGAUACACGCCAAUACUUGUACUGCCUAAAGCCCAAGAAAGAAUUUGCAGAAAAAGCCGGCAUCAUUAAGGGAGUGACAGUAAUCGGGAAACUGGAUAUAGUGUGGAAAACAAAUCUGGGUGAAAGGGGCCGACUACAGACCAGCCAGCUUCAAAGGAUGGCUCCAGGUUAUGGAGAUGUUAGGCUGUCUUUAGAGGCCAUCCCAGAUACCGUAAACCUAGAAGAACCUUUCCACAUUACCUGUAAAAUCACAAACUGCAGCAGUGAGAGGACGAUGGACCUAGUGCUGGAGAUGUGCAACACCACCUCUAUCCACUGGUGUGGGAUUUCGGGAAGACAGCUGGGGAAGCUGCACCCCAGCUCCUCGCUCUGCCUGGCCCUGACUCUCCUGUCCUCAGUACAGGGGCUCCAAAGCGUGUCUGGCUUAAGACUCACGGACACAUUUUUAAAAAGAACAUAUGAAUAUGAUGACAUUGCACAAGUCUGCGUGGUCUCAGCUGCUGUGGAAGUGGAAGCCUGAAGAAAUUUCCUAAUGUCAAACUUGUUUAAUCACAGAAUGCUCUCCGUAUUUUGUCAGCUUUGUGCAACGAUCAGUAAUGAAAAUAAGUAUAUGUUAUUUAAAUUUGUUUCCUGUAAAACAGUUAAAUAUUAAAUGUUUGUUGUAAAAA